CGGCGGCGGCGGCGGCGAGGCCGAGCGGGGCUGCGGUGCCUUUAAGUCCCCCCGGAGGGUGACGCCACCAGCGCCCGGGCGAAGGAGGCUCGGCGGCGGCCAGAGCGGCGGAGCGGCAGUUGGAGCGCCGGGAUGGAGCCGCCGCCGCGCCGGAGCGCCGGGAGGAGCCGGCAGGCGCUGCCCAGGGGCCGAGCGGGGGAGCCGGCGGGCUGGCGCAAGUGUAAUUCUUGUCCCGUGGCACGUUGGCAAAUUGUCCCGUGGCUGGAUGAGUUGACCAGUAGAGAAUUGGCUAUGAUGGAUCUGGGGCACCCAGGACCACCCUCCUCACUCCCCUCGCACCCCAUCCCCCCUCGAGGGAGCAUUGUGGCGCUGCCGUCUCCGGGGGCUUUCUCUCCAGCUGCCGUCCCCUUUGUCCCGGAGGGAACCAUCCGCUAUCAGCCAGAGGGAUCGAGCGGGGCAUCGUACAUCGGAGGGCAGAUGCCAAGCGGGACAAGGUCCGACUCUCUGGGUGAACCCUUUCACGCGCGGCUGCAGCCAGACGGGUCUCGCCGAAGAGCAGAGAGUGAACCCCAAGAACAGGCUGGUGGCCGGCCAAUCCCACCUCUCUCCUUGGAGAUCGGCAGAGUCCAGCCUGAAGGCUCAGGGUACAACACCCCAACUUUGCGGUCUCCGGUAGAGCUGCGCCCCUUGUCCCCUGGAUGUGGCAGCUCCUCCUCCUUGUCCAGCCUGUCUCCCUCCAUGAAACUUAGCCAGUCCCCAAGCAGGGGGGCCCUUCCUGACCUCUGUGCCUUGGAUCCUCUCUCUUCGGGCAUCUUGGCCACUGUGGAACUGAAGGACUCCCUCCCCAAGGCCGAAUCCAGUGACCACAUCUGCCUGAGCCGGCCGGGCUCGUCCCACCGGCUGGGCUCUCUUUCCAAAGCCAUCUCCAGCGAGUAUCUGUCGGGGGGCAGGAUGGGGCCUUCCAAAUCCGCCAUACUCUCCAAAGCCGAGUCAGAGGAACUGACCUCCUACUCCAGGGUCCGUCUGUCACCCCAUUUGCAAGACCCGCGGAGCAGCAAUACCAACCGUGCAGAGAACUUUCUGGAAAGAUUUGGCCGGCCACAAACAAGGCAGGACAAGGAGUUCCGCAUCACGGUGGUGACGUGGAACGUCGGCAGCUCCAUGCCCCCCAGCGACGUGGCCUCCCUCUUGCACCUGGACUCAGGGGACUCCAGUGACAGCGACAUGAUUGCCAUCGGGUUGCAGGAGGUGAAUUCCAUGCUCAACAAACGCCUGAAGGAUGCGCUCUUCACCGACCAGUGGAGUGAGCUUUUCAUGGAGGUGUUGAGCCCCUUUAACUUUGUCCUGGUGAGCACGGUACGGAUGCAAGGAGUUAUCCUGUUUGUCUUUGCAAAGUAUUACCACCUGCCUUUCCUACAGAACAUCCAGACAGACUGCACCCGGACAGGGCUGGGCGGUUACUGGGGCAACAAGGGAGGGGUGAGUGUCCGGUUGGCCAUCUUCGGGCACAUGGUUUGCUUUUUGAACUGCCACCUGCCGGCACACAUGGAGAAGGCGGAGCAGCGUAAAGAGGACUUUACCACCAUCCUCCACCUGCAGCAGUUUGAGGGGCCCUCCGCCAAUGGCAUUCUUGACCACGACCUCGUCUUCUGGUUUGGGGAUCUCAACUUCCGCAUUGACAGCCUGGACAUCCGCUACGUGAAGUACGCCAUUGACAACAGCAUCCUCCAUCAGCUCUGGGAGAAGGACCAGCUUAACAUUGCAAAAACCACGUGGCCCAUCCUGAAGGGGUUCCAAGAAGGAUUCCUCAACUUCCCCCCGACCUUUAAAUUCGACGUGGGAACUAACAUGUAUGACACCAGUGCCAAAAAGCGGAAGCCGGCUUGGACAGACCGUAUCCUAUGGAAAAUCAAAAGCGGUGGCCACCCAGUGCAUUCUGGGAGAUCCAGUGGUGGGAAUUUGACUGUGACCCAGCUCUGCUAUUGCAGCCAUAUGGAGUACACUGUGAGCGAUCACAAGCCCGUGGUCUCCAUUUUUGCAGUACAGUUCGGUUCCCGAGCCGAUAUGCCCCUGGUGGAGAUGCAAGUGGCGGACGAGUGGACCAAGCCGGAGCAAGCCGUGGUCCGUUACAGGACGUCCUUGGCUUUCCACCGCAGCUCCUGGGAUUGGAUCGCCCUCUAUCGGGUGGGUUUCCGGCACUGCAAGGACUACAUAGCCUAUGUAUGGGCCAAGCAGGAAGAUACGGACAGCCACCUCUAUCAGCUAAGCUUUCCAGAGGAGUGCUUGCCUAAAGGGAAGGGCGACUACAUCCUUGGCUACUAUAGCAACAACUGCAACUGCAUCGUGGGAGUCACAGACCCCUUCCAGAUCUCCUUGCCCACCUUGGAACAAGUCAGCAGCGCCACAGACAGCACCAACAGCACCUCUGAAGAGGACGAUGACAGCACGCUGGUGCUCCUCGGCCCCAAAUCCCGCAGCCCCAGCCCCGGGAAGAUGCACCGCCACCGCAGCCGCAGCCCCAGCCUGGCCAAGUUCCAGGGGCUGCUCUUGCGAUCCACCAGCCGAGACCAAGGGGCCAGCCGUAGCCCCUCGCCCCAAGGACGCCGCCACAGCACCAUCCUGAAGGCGGACAUUCCCAGCAUCCAGUUUUCCAAGGACAGCCCAAGGCACCGCUCCAAGUCACGGGAGAUGGCGCAGAACGCCCAGGCCUCCCCCUCCUCCUCCUCUACUUCCACUGCCUCCCAGUCCCGGACAGGCUGGCGCUUUGAGGAGACUCCGCCGUCCCGGGCCGAUCCCCGGAAUCUGGGCUUGCUGCCUGCUGUGCGCUUGGAGACGGUGGAUCGUGUCAUGGGGUCCCGGCGUGACAGCACUGACCCGAGCCUGCCUGGACGAAGGAUGAGCCCCACCAGCCCCACGGCAGGACUUGCGGCCCUCUUUAGUACUUCCCCAUAAGAGGGGGCACCCCAUGAUCCCCACAGCCACAGCUGUGAAACCAGACACUAAGGCAGCCGAACCCACUGGGCAACUAUCCUGCGUAGUGUGCAUUGUGAGUGUCCCGAUGCCCUUUGCCCACUCCUGUCUUGGCCUGCCUUGCUCUCUCUCCAUGCAGCUGUUCUGGUGGGGCACAGAUCCAGACGAGGAGCUGCCGUGGUGCCACCCCAUCCCAUCAGCUUGACAAUUGCCCCACGUCUGCAUCAGAGCCCGACCAAUGGCCUGACCCUCUCAGCCACUCACUUGUGCUGCUCAACCCUCGUCCUUCUUGGGGACAGCUCUUUCUCCCACCAAACACCAAGGUCGGCACCCCAAGCUGGAUCCCUCUAACACUAUCACUGUCACAGGGAGGACCAGCCGGAGAAAGGAACACCUCCCCCUCAUCUUCAUCCGGAGCAGCCCGGAGCUUCCUGGCUCAGGAGCUCAGAAGCUGCUCCCUGCAUGAAGACAGAUGAGCACCAUAAGGAGGGUAGGAGGCCAUUUUCAGAGGCCCCGUGUUGAGGGCCCAGUCAGGGUUAGGGUGAGGGAGACCCCAGCAGAAUCCCAGCUAGCAGCAGGAGACGUGGGGGGGGGGCUCAAGGCUGCAGACGGAGGACAACUUGGAAUGUAGAACUCUGGCCAGGGGAGGCUGGGAAGGGGGGGCUGGUCUCUCUCCAGUUUGGGGGCCUUCUCUGGGACGAGUUCAGAGUUGAAACAAUCCACCCUACCUCUCUUAAUCCCCACCCCUUCCAAUAAACCAUCUCCAAAUGCUC